ACUUUUCAUGAUUCAUGGAUUUAAACAUUUUCGUGACGAUUCAUGACGGUAUUAUGUCCGUUAUGGGUUAUCUUGCAUCGUGAAGAGUAUUUGUUAAUACAUUAAUGUUUGUGGAUACAUUAAUGACAAUAUUUUUAACAUGGAUGUAGAUUUACUUAGACCGGGCACAGUGCCAAUUUCGCCGGAUACAAUAUUAUGGUUUGAAUUUUUAUUAAAUCCCUCAUUGCUGCAGAAACAUUUGUCAAAACCCUUCCCAGAUCCAUCACCUACGGACCUGAUAAUUAAAUUUAUGACAAUUAACUCUGAUCAAAAAGAAACCGAGCUAAAAGCAAUUGAUACCGAAUCAAACGAUGUAAAGCCCAAUGGUAUGAAUAAGUGGUCUCACAGAAAUUUAGCGUUAAAGAUACUUUCCUUGAAAGUAGCAGCAUAUCUCAAAUGGGACUUGGAUGUACUGGAAAAGAAGCUACCUCUGCCAAUACAAUUAACAUUGUUGCAAGAUUUAUUUUAUAUCACAUCAGAUGUUGUGGUGGAGAUACCUACAAUUCCAGAAUUCUUUAUAGAAUCAGUCUCUGAUCAACUCUUGUUUACAUUGGUUUUAUAUCAUAGAUGGCAUUUAAGGGCAAUUAUUUAUAGAGCUUUAAGUAAUAAACAACCAAAACAACAGUUACUUCAUAUACCAGGCUUUCAAGAAUCAACAUAUGUGCCACCAGGUGUAGUAGAUGACAUUAUUAGGAAAUUAGAAGCACAUAUACCCAACAGCGUAAGUGCCCUAAACACUAUUUUAGAAGCGUCCGAUAUAAAGCCAAAGGUUCUCUCUUUUGAUACUUUUCAAAUGUUGACUGAGGAUAGUAUAGAAAUCAAGCAAAAUUGGGAAAAUAUGUAUCCAGUGAAUAUAGAUGAGUUUAAGUGUCAGAUACAUUAUGAUCUUGCAAUGUAUUAUCUACUAAGGGAAGAAUAUCAAGAUGCUAAACGUCAUAUCAAAGAAGCAAAGGACCGGUACAGUAAACUGGACUCGACAGCGAAAUUAGUAUACUGCAAAGUACAAAAGGAAUUUUUGGAGGGUGCUUGUCUCGCGUGUGAGGUGCCAAUAGAAGAGAUCACUCCCAGUCUCACCCAGCGUUUGCAGUCCUCCAUCAAAGACCAAUAUACCAACAUAUUGCAGAUUUUGCAGACAGACAAUGUUUUCAGAGAGAUACCUCAAGUUUAUAGAGACAACUUAGAACUGGACGUGCAAGGCGGGUCUGUUAACAGGAAAAUCAUAGUUGCCCGGGACCUUCUGCUGCAGAUACAGUGCUUGAAUCUUGUUAGGAAAAUCCUUGACGAUAGCAUAAUUCUUGGUGAUUAUGUAACUGAAAUUAAGGCAGCUGGUUCCAAGGGUCUAGAUGUUCUGUUUUGGGCCUUAAGUAAUGUAUUGGAAAAUGCAUCACCUGUAGAUAAGAAACGAAUCUCACGUUACCUUCUUUAUCUCGUGAAUACUGCCAAUAUAGAAGGACUUGGCUUGAAGAUACUUAACGAUUCUUCUUUCUCGUCAUUAUUCGAUGAAACGGAACUGGCUAUCUUUCAACGGAUAACUGUUAAUGACGAGGUAGAAUUACCAAACUUAUUACUGCAUAAUGAUUGGGGUAUACCAUCUGUGUCAUAUAUACAAAAAGCAAGAAUCGAAGUUUUCGAGUUGGAGCAAAAGUUAAUAGCGACUUAUGAUUGUCACGAAAUUCGCGAAACGUUGAUUCAUCUGGAUGGAAAACAUCGUAUGAAACCAUUGUGGCACGUUAACGGCUGUUGGGAAUUACCCAUUCCAUUGCAGAGUGUGGUAAUGUCACUCUCCAGAGGUUUCAUGCAAGAUUACUCGUAUGUUCUUCUGGCAAAGAGUCGAGAACUGGUAAUGUUUAAAAAUUUCGACGGUGCAAUUGAGCUUCUGAAGAUAUUAGAUACCGAGCUGCAGGAACAUAUGAAAACUGCAGCAAAAUCGCAGGUCUUCAAAUUAUGCAAAUUAGUGAGCUGGGAAUGCCUGCUCGUCGAGAUAUGGAAAUGUCUUCAUGCUUGGCCGGCAACGAAUCUCGCCGAUAUGCAAAAUAUGGUUGCACGAUGUAAACAGUGCCUUGGUGCUUUACAAGCGACCGAUCAGGUAAUCCCGCGACAAGAGGUAAUAGAAUAUUGUACAGUAUUUUUGUUGAAUAUGGCCGAGUGGGAUUAUCUCACUAGUUUGGAAAAACGUUGGAGUUAUACGGAAUUCGCUGCUGCCGUCAGCAAUGUUUGUCAAGACAUUGUCAAGUAUAAGGGAACUCGCAAGUUUCCACGAGAAGCAUGGGACAUAAUUUUAGCAGCGUUUGGCCCUAACAGAGAUCAGUCACAAAAACGCAGUAGUAGCAGCAGUAGCAGCAAUAACAGCGGUAACAGUGGAAGUUCCGGCAGUAGCGCAUCAAGAGAUGUUACCAGUAUUACGAGUACUUUUACUCGGUUACGUGAACCUAUGGUACUCACAGUAGUGAUAUCGUUGCUAGCACGUUUACGUAAUGUUCUGCGCGACGAAUCUAGUUUGGAAUUGCACACGCAGUAUCUUUCCCUUUGGCCUGCUGGAAUACCAAAUGCAAAUUCAUACAACAUCCGAUAUAUCGGAGAAAUACUGUUUCAAUUACUGGUGCAAGCUCUGAAAUAUUAUCCUUGCAAUGUAGCUUGGCUGAGGUUAAUGGGCGAUCUUAAUUUCGUUCUAGCGUACUACGAAAGCGCGAUGAAAUAUUAUUUAGAGGCUAUCAUGGUAGCCAGUGAUUUAUUUAGUCAACCUAUACUACGCACACAGAUAGAUGAUCUUGUUUACAGAAGAAUGAUCAAGUGUUGCGCUCAUUUGCAGUGCUACACUCAAGCAGCUUUACUGUGUCAGUUUUUAGAAGAAGUAGACUAUUCUCUGGCGUUUAAAAUGGCAUCUAGUGAUCAGAAGAGCUGCGCCACAGCUGACGCUAUGGAUGCGUAUUAUAAUUGCAUCUGGGAUACUACGCUAUUAGAGUAUCUUAUACAUCAACAUGCAAAGCGCGGAGAGCAUCACAGAAAACAACUCGCGAUAAAAAUUAUUGGUUUACUGGAAUUGAACUCUAAUAACAAUGAAGAGAUCCAAAGAGAAGCGGCAAAUAUUCGGAAAGCUAAAUUUUUGAGAGCAUUAGCAAAACAAUAUGUAUAUUAAAUGGUUCCCAUGGAUCUUGUACAUGCGUAUAUACUGUGCUGGACAACAAUAUUGAUACAUCCUGAUAUUUUAUAAAUAUAGAUUGAAGCAAGUAACAGAAAAUGAGUGACAUGAGCUUUUUGAAAUUUAACUAUUUUAUUGUAACAACUUUAUUAUACCAAUGCUUGCAUCCAAUGCUGUAUAUACACACAUUGUGUGCAAAUGUUGUUUGCAAAUGUAAAUUCUCAUCUAUAAAAUAAUGUAAAAUAAAAAUGAUUUUUUAAUAGCUGUAAUUAAAAUAACGGAACGAUCCAUUUUUAAGCGUGGACUGUCGAA